UGGAGGAACCCCGACUGACGGCCAAGCUUCGUGACCCUGAGACGCGUCCAACCUUGCCCAGAACAUUCGGGCUUGGGGUCGGGGCAGGGUUGAAUUAGAGGACCGGACUGCGGGCCCCGACCCAUGGCGCCCAAGAAGAAGCGCGGGCCGGGCGCCGGGCGCCGGGGGGCCGCGGCGCGAGAGGGCGCCGAGCCGCCGCUGUCGGAGCGCGGUCAGUAUCUGCAGAGCAAGCACAAGCUGCUCUCUGAGGAACUGGACGCCUGUAAGCAGAGCGUCGACCAACUGCUGCAGGAGAAAGACCUCCUUGACAGAGAGGCGGCGCGCCUGCGCGAGGAGAACCGGCUCUACGCGAGCUACGCGAGCACGCGCGCGCAGCGCUUCGCCAACGCCAUCGUUACGCUGGAAGAUCAGAACCGCGAGAACCUGUCGCAGAUCCACAGGCAGCGCGCAGAGCUGGCGUCGAUCUACCGCGGGCGUGAGGACGCGCUGCGCGCGCAGCUGCUGGAGAUGGAGGCGCGCGCGGCGCAGAUGGCGCAGCAGGUGCAGGAGCUGCAGCCCUACAAGGAGCUGCAGCUGGAGCAGCUGGCCCGGAUCCGGGCUCUGGAGCGCGAGCUACUGCAUGUGCGUGUGGAGCACACGCAGCUGCUCCACCGCGUGAAGCUGCAAUUCCUGGAGGACAAGGCAGCGUUUGAGCGCGAGGCGCGCCAGCGCGUGCAGUCGCUGGCGCGGCGCGCGGAGCGGGAGGCGGCGCGCGCGCUCUUGGCGCACAUCGAGGCCAUCAGAGUGGACAAUGUUCGCCUGCGGCAGGAGUUGCUGCAGCUGCGCCACCGGGCCCAGGUGCUGCAUGACACGCGGCGCCAGUUGCUGGAGCAGCGCGAGCAGCUGCGGCGCGAGGUUGAGGACACGCGGGACCUGCCGCGCGUGCACGGCUGGCUGCGCCGAGGCCCCGAGGGCCCGCCGCUUUGGGAACCGUCGCCGGCCGCUUCUGACCCCGAGGCUUUUCCCUCCAAGACCCCGUCGCGCGCGACCUUCCCGGUCCCAUCAGUCCCAGCCUCCCAGAACCCGUCUCAGGUCUUAAGCCGCGCGGAUUCUUGGACCCCAUCCCUGCCCUCGAAGGUCUCAGUUCCCAGGGUCCCGUCACUGGUCCCGUCGCGUGUUGGCUCCAGGGUCCUGUCUCUGGCCCCUUCGAAGGCCAGUUCACGGGUCCCCUCCCACGACCCAUUGCACGCGGGCUCCAGGGUCCAGUCCUUGUCCAUGUCGCACCCAGGUUCCUGGCUCCCAUCCCUGACCCCAUCCGGCCCGGGGUCCGGGGUCGCGUCCUUUAAACCGUCCCGACCCGACUCUCAAUUCUCUUCGCGGUCCUCACUGCAUGCCGCCUCACAGAACACCAUCCUCUCUGGGAAGCUCGUCCCCAGGUCGGGCUCUUAUCCUCUGCCAGUUGAAGAAGACAGCGACCGUGAUGCUGCAGAUGAAGCUGCCUCCGGGAGAGCCUGAACCUACCUCGAGGAAGGCUAGUGAGGCCAGAAGGUGGCGGGGAAAGGGGCUGUCCAGGAGGCGGGUUUGGUGAGUGGAUUAUGAAUAAAGGCGUGACUCCCUCCUCCACUCUCCGCUCUGGCACUACCUGCUUCGCUGUCCAGAGUUUCUGGCUAGCGCAGGGGACACUCAUGAUGGCUUCCAGUUUUCAACCUGCUAGGCUGGUCGUUCUCUGCUUUGGGUGUCUGCCGGGACUUCACAGCUGGUUGCACUGCCUGAGGCAGAGAGAGACGACCACGCCACCGUCCUGCCCACAGGGCUGAUAGUCUGGUGGCAGACACGGACAUCGGGGGCAUGGACUGGUAGUAUGCGAGCAGGGAGGGAGUCUGGCAGGCCAGGGAGGCGCUGGUGGAGAGUCUCAGGCCCUCGGGAGCCAUCGGAGGGGCUGGGCUUUGUUCUGGCACCAAAGGGAGCCGCGGGAGUUUUUAUGUUUAACCUACUGGGGUUUUUCUUUCUUGCCCUGCUGGGCGGCUUUUGGAAUCUCAGUUCCGACCAGGGAUUGAACAUUGAGACUGGGCCCCGGCAGCGCAGAGUCCUAACCACUGGGGAAUUCCGGGGAUAAUUUUUAACUUUGAUUUCGCUGUCAGAUCCAGUGCAUGGAGGCCGGGUAGUACGGUGUCCAUCACGUGUGGUUUGCAUUCCUCGAGGCUGUAUCAGGGAGGUGAAGAAGGGUGCCCUGCUUCAGACAUCCAUCGAGCUAUUCCUGAUGAUGCAAGAGAGGACAGUGUCCAAGACAGCUUAAGAAAAAGGCCAGCAGGAGGAAGAUGCCUAGUUCCCCGGGUAUGGGAUGAAACAAUGAGGUCACACUACAGAUCCUACAGACAUGAAAAGUAGUGUUACUUCUGCUCUGACCAACUCUGGCCAACAAGUUCAGCAACUCAGAUGAUGAAAUGGACAAAUUCCCUUAUAGACAUAAUUUUAUGAAACUGACAAAAGAAGAAACCUUGUCACAGAAAAAACACUGGACUGAGCUGAUUCACUGAUGAACUCUACCAAACCCUCAAGGAAGACUAUACCAAACUUAGAAGCCGGUAGGAGAACAAGGGAAAGCAAACCCAUUCCAGCUUGUGUUAUGAAGCCAGCAAAACCUUCACCUGAUAAAGACAUCACAAGAAACAUACAAAAAUACUUUCUCAUAAGCAGACACAGAAGUCCUUAACAAAACAUUAGGAAGGCCAGUACAGCCAUUUACUAAAAGAACCCUGUAUCAUGUCUAAGUGAGUUUAUCCCAAGAAUACAAUGUUGGUUUUAUCUCCAGUGCCUGGAGUGAGGGACUCCAGUGCUGGAAGUGUUCAAGAAAUUCCAGGUUGGUGAACACAUGGCGAUUCAGGAGAGUAGAGUGUUUGGAGAGACCAUGGAAGACCAUGGGCCAUUUCCCCAUACUUUCCGUAUGUGUCUUCCAUCGGGCUAUUCUGAUCCUUAUCCUUUGAUUAUAAACCAUAAUCCAGUGAGUUAAAUGUUCCUCUGAGUUCUGUGAACUACUCUAGCAAACUAAUCAAACCCACAGCCUCUGCUGUGGUAACCUCCAGAUCUAUAGCCAGUCAGAAGCACAAGUGACAACCUGGACUUAAGUUUGGCCUCUCAGCUGUGGGGGGAGAGGCAGCCUUCUGGGACUGAGCCCUUAACUUGUGGCAUCUGACAUUAUCUCCAGAUACAGUGUGUCACAAUUCAGUUAGUUGCUUGGUGGUGUGGGAAAAAACACACAUUCGACAUAGGAAUAUAUUUAACAAACCAUCUACUCUCAAAACGACAAAACAAUGCUAAGCAAACUUUAAGAUGGAAACAAACGGAGUGAUGUCCCCCGGUUAUGGGUGUCAUCAGUUCUCCCUAAACCAAUCUAGAAAUCCAACACCACUCCAAGCAAAACCACAGCAAGUUUUUUUUGGUUUUGUUUUGUAGCAAUCAACAGGAUGACAAUUAAAUUUACAUGGAAAAGCAAACGACAUCAAAUAACCCGUCUUGAAGAACAAAAUUGGAAGACUUACACUCUCCUUGAUUCUAAGACUACAGUAAUUAAGACAGUGUAGUACUGGCACAGACAUAAAUAGAUAGAUCAAUGAAACAGCAGAGAGUGCAGAAAUAGACUCACCCAUACAAUUAGGUGGGUUUCUUUGUUUUUGGUAGUGCCAGGCAGCUUGCAGGAUCUUAGUUCUCUGACCAAGGAAUGAACCCGAAUCUUCAGCAGUGAAACAGUGGAAGCUUAACCACCUGACUGCCAGGGAACCCCCCAGUUAAGUGUGUUUUAUGACAUGGGCAUCAAUGUAAUUCAUACCAUACCCCAAAAUAAUUUAAGAUCGAUGUUGGACCAAAAUGUGAAAGAUGAAACUAUAAUGCUUCUAGAAGAAAAGAAACUGAAGAAUCUUUUCCUAACCUUCAGAACGAUCCCAUGGUUUUACAGGAAAGGCAGGUCCUUUUGUGAUGGCUACACUUCAGAAAGAUUAUCCCUUCCGUGAGCAAAUCGUACAGCAGCAGGGCAGGACGGGAUAAGGGAAACCAGGGAGACGAUCACUGACCACUGAGAUGGUCGAGUGGAGGGAUGAGUGGGGGCCCGGGCGGAGACGUGGAGGGUGGAAACGGAGAGGGCAAAACUCAAGGCGAUUCCUGAGUUAGAGCGCCAGUCAUCUCGGCCAAUGGGCUAGACAGAAGUACGUGGCUCCCACCUGUGAAGGAGUCCUGAGCGAGGGUAGUUUUUGGUACUAAGCAGGCAGCGGGGUACAGCAGCUCCCACCGGAGCGGUCCAGGUUGAAUUGACAGAAGUCGAGGCUACCCAAACCACCCGGCCGCCCAGGGAGCGCGCAGCCGG